AUGGUAGAUUCGACCGAAGUUCUUCACAUCUACAGAAGGCUUCUCCGAGCAAUCACCUACCUCCCAGAUUCUUAUGCCCGGAUCAAUGUGCACAACGAUGUUGUGGGACGAUUCAGAAAGCACCGCCCGAGGUCCAGCCCCGAACACAUCACAAAGAACAGAGUGAAGAGAGCCAGAACGACUGCGGUUUGUCUCGAAAGAGCAGGCCAUGGGGAUUUGGAUGACCUCAAGAAGGUGCUCAUGCAAACACAUGGGCGUGCUGGGGGUCGAAGGCGUGAAUUGAUAAAGGACCUUCUUCGACCCGAUGAAAGCGUUCUUCCGAAAGAUGACUCUGCUGUGAAGGAGCUCAUCGAGAGUCCAAAAGCCCAGGAAGUACUCAACCAGAACCCAAAUCCUAAAGUGACUGCUUUCAUUGAGAGCCAAAGGAGGAAUCACCCGAAGGACAGCAUCAAAUCAAAAAUCCGACAGCUCGAGAUACCGAAGAAAACAAUAUGGGGUCAUGCGCCGACACAGAAGCUCCAAGAUUCGAUGUGGCGGAAGUGGUGGGCCCAAACUCUCGAUAAACUGCUGCCGCCAGUUCCCCAGCAUGAGUGGGACCGUCUUCAAGAUCUUGCUUUGGGGAAGAUACCUCUGGAUGAGUUUCCCAGGCGGCGCUCCAGGCCGGUGGAGGAGAAGGAUGAGAAAGAAGAUAUGGCAUACAGAUACCUCCAACUUAAACUCAGAAGCGAAGCUGCACAGAUUGAGGGCGCCACAUUCGAUCCACAACGAGGACUGAAGGUCCAAACCAAGACCCGGGAGGAAGUUCUCAACGAAAACUAUAGAAUUCCUCCUACUCGAGCCCGCCGUAGACUCUACGCCCUCAUUUGGUCCUUAACACCGACCAUAUCACAAGACGAAGUUACAAAGAAGUGGACAGUAACAUGGGGCUCCGGAAAAUCAUUAAUCGCUAGCGGGACUCUUACACAACCCUCUACGAGCGAUAUGGAGCUUUUCGAAGGACUACCGAGCCUACCAGAACUACAACCAGUUGACCGUGAAAAAUCGGUCAGGGAACGAAGGGAACGACAGGCCGCCAGGCAAGCAAGAUUGCUGAAGGAAACAAUGGCAACAAAUGUAUAA